CUUGUUCACUUUGAAAAGUUACACUGAAAUACAACUAUUGAAAACGUCAUUACUUUACAUUUCAAAUUCAAAUCCUGUUUUCUGUGGCAUUUCAAAUUGAAACCCUGGUGGCACUAAUCUACUUCCGUGGAGGAGUCGUGGUAGUUUUGAACUUCCAUUUAUAGAUUAUCAAUGGAUUAAGGACUGAACACGUUUCCGCCAUUCUCCGCUAAAGCAAAGGAAGCGCGUGCUCAGCCCCAGCCGCUCACGGCAACAUGUUAUGCUUCUUUCUCUCUUUGUUUUCUCAAAUCUUCCAGUCAGGAUGGACAGGUGUGAACGAGCGCACCUUCAUUGCUAUAAAACCAGACGCCGUGCAGCGGAAACUGGUUGGCAAAAUCGUACAGCGCUUUGAGAGGAAAGGCUUCAAACUGGUGGCACUCAAACUUGUGCAGGCAUCAGAGGACCUUCUUCUGGAACACUAUUGGGAUCUGAGGAACAAGCCUUUCUUCAAAGGACUGAUCCACUACAUGAGGUCUGGUCCAGUUGUUGCCAUGGUGUGGCAGGGUCUCGAUGUAGUCAAGACCGCCCGCAAGAUGUUGGGCGAGACCAACCCAGCGGAGUCUCUGCCUGGGACCAUUCGUGGAGACUUCUGCGUAGAUGUGGGAAGCAGGAAUGUGAUCCACGGCAGCGAUUCUGUUCUGAGCGCCCAGAAGGAAAUCUUCUUGUGGUUCAGGGAGGGCGAGCUCCAGCUGUGGGAGCAGAACAGCGCACCCUGGAUCUACUGAGGACAAAAACACCACUGCUGCCUUUCAGCUUCAUCGUCACGCUUUGCCGUCGGGUCGCUCGUCCCGAUGUCAGCGGAGGACUUCCUGCGGCUUUUUGACAAAAAAUUAUUUUUAUACUUCAAUAUUGAGGGAAGGAAGACCUGACGUACGACGUCAAUUAAACUCCGACUUUGUUAUUAUUAAAUAAGACUACAAGAAAUGUCUCACAGAUGCUAAAAAAUUAGAAUGAAACCACCAUAUUAUUCUGUAAUAUUCCGUUUAAAGUAUUGAAAUGUACUUCCCCCUCUAUGGCUCGUGCAUUUUUGCUGUGAGCACAUUGUAGUCACCUAAUUUUCAACAAAUGAGAUGUAUGCAGCGUUUAGUUUUCAGCUUCACUCCAGAGUUCGCCAUCAUUAGUGCACCAUGAAGACAAGAAAAAAAUGCAAGAAUGUCAUAAAAAAUAAAAGAUUGGGAACAAAUGUCUUAUUCAAACAGCAACAGCGAUACUAUACGCCAAUGUUUGCCUUUUAUCAGAAUUUUGUUCUUUGCGGUAUAUCUAAAACACGGGUGUCGAACUCAAGGCCCGGGGGCCAGAUCCGCCCCGGCGCGUGAUUUUAUGUGGCCCACAAAGCUAAAUCACGUGUAUGAACUCCCGAGAUUUUUGUUGAAAUCUGUGCCAAAAUUUGAAAUUAUGAUGAGGCGAUCAAAGAUUAUGAUGGUUUCACAGUCAUGAUGGCCCGAGGAGGGAAACCGGAACUCCAACGUGGCCCACGACAAGAACGAGUUUGAAACCCCUGAUCGAAAACAUCCAUUGGUGAAAAAGCAGAACAUUUUUUUUUUUGUCAGUGCUUUUUUGUUUAAAUUACUGUAUUACAUAAAACACCCAGCCUGCUUUAUUUUUGUUUGAUGAUGGACGAUUGAUUUUGUUUUGCAAUUGCUCGAAUAAAAUAUAUCAUCACUCAUUUGA